AUUUUUGUCCAGAGAUUGUAAACAAACGACACAAACGACAUAAACGAUAAAAAGGAUUCUGCAAAAAGAGGUCCAGAAAAUGAUCUUCGGGAAAUUGUAAAAUUACGGAGGAAAACGGAAAAGCUGUCGACAAUGGAACCCGUUGCAUCGACCAUUGGAGAGCAAUCAACCGCAAAAGUCUGCAACUUUUGUAAUAAAACUUUCAAAUUCAAUGCAACGUUACGGCAGCACGAAAAGAUCCAUUAUGGUAUUAAACAGUUCGAGUGCGGUGUGUGCCAGCGACGAUUCUUACACAAGGGAACUCUUAAAUGCCACCUCCGGAUGCAUACAGGAGAAACGCCGUACAAAUGCCCCCACUGCCCGAAGUCUUUCCGGGGACAAACUGCACUAAAUUGUCACAUUUUCCGGCACACUAAAACGGGAGUGCAGUGCUCGGAAUGCAGAAAAGUUUUCGCUACACAGUCUAUCGUUAAACAACACGUUCAGCAAGUCCAUACCGCGCAGCGGCCCCACGUUUGCAACGUCUGUGGAAUUACCUACAAAUACUUGAAAAGCUUGAGGAUGCACCUUCGUACUCACGAAAAACGUGUUUGUCCAGAGUGUGAUAUGGUGUUUCACAGUGUUUAUGCUAUGAGGAAGCAUAGGAAAAGUCACACCAAAGAAAACUACCCGUUCCCAUGUACAUUCUGUGGGCGUCGAUUUGAAAAACAAAUUCAAUUGCAAUCACAUGGUAAACUGCGUGGACGGCCUUUUCAAUGCACUGUCUGUUGCCACAGUUUCAACAAACGGACAUUUUUAACAAAUCAUGAACGCCGAUUCCACUGGAAACAGUUGGGCGUAGAACGAUUGAAAAUGAAGCAAUCAAAGUAUGAGGGAAGUCAGAUAGAGGCGGCUAUCGGAAGUCGCAAGCUCGACACAGAAAGGAAAUCAUCACCAGAACCUACUAUAGUUGCGGACCGGAAGGAAAAAGAUUUUAAUGUUCCAAAUAUUGAAAUGGCCACUGAUAUGAAUAACGAAGCAAGCAAUUUGGCAGAGAGAGUUGAAGACAAUCCUGUAAACAAGGAACCAUUCAGGAUAAGCAAUAAUAUAAUAGCCGAAAGCGAAACAACACCGGAAAAUGAUUCUUCGUUUCAUGAAAUAACUUCCAUUGCAACUGUGAUUCUUCAUCCUACUACGAUAAGUAAAGCCAUAUAUAGUGAAGAUACCAGCGAGCAAAUAUGCGCUACUUUACAUACAGCAAAGACGCAACAAGAGUUUAUGUGUGAAGCUUGUGGUAAGCUUUACGCAUCGGCAGCUACUCUCGCCGUACAUCGUGCCAACCACCAUAAAGCAAAACGUUUUGCCUGCAACCAGUGUAAGCGGUCCUUUGGUUUCCGAUGCCAUCUAGUUCAACACAUCCGAAGGCAGCAUGAGGAGGAACACCUAGCGUGUAAAUUGUGCGCGAAAACGUUCAAAUAUCCACAGGAUUUACAUGUUCACAUGAAACACCACAAUGAUGCCAAACCGUACAAGUGUGACAAAUGUAGCUCUACCUUUCGGUUUCCCAGUGCACUCAGAAGUCAUCAAAUCCUGCAUGAGACCGAUUGGCCGUUCCGGUGCGUAGAGUGUGGAAAAUCGUUUCGCUACGAAAACAGCUUGCGUGUCCAUAAACGGCUACACGCGAAUGCAAAACUGUACGAGUGUGAAAUUUGCCAACGCAAGUUUGCUACAAAGUUUCCGAUGGUCAGACACAUGAAGGUACAUUCGCGGCAAAAAGAGCUAAAUUGCGAAGUUUGUCAAUCCGUAUUUUUCAAGAAAAGAGAUUUGAUAGUCCACCAAACCAAAGAACAUUCCAGCGAGAGACCGAUCGAUAAGAUUGCGCCGAUAUACAGCUGUGAUAUCUGUGGGAAGGAGUUUGUAAAAAAAUGCAAUCUCAAGAUGCAUUCCUACAUACACGAGGAGGUGUUUCGGUUCGGUUGCAAGUUGUGCAAUCAGGGCUUUAAACAAUAUGCUGGACUAAGAAACCAUAUGCUGCGCGCUCAUCCCGAAAGCGCACAAAAAGAGGUAGAAUAA